AUGAGGUCGCAAAUAUCGAGCACUUUUUUAAGACACGGGCAUCUGCCCAUACGGGAGGAUGAUUGCUCGUACGUUUGGCAAGUUUCCGCCGCGGAGCGUUGCGAAUGGGUGAAGAGCACCGAAGACUGCUUCUCAGACUCGGUGAUUCAGUAUACGGUGCUGUUGUUUUGCUUCUUUAAAUCCGAAGACGUGGCUCUGUUUGCCUGCGGCUUGCUGCUCAUGCUCCUAUGGCUACUCUAUUUAUUCUUGAUCUUGGCAACUACGGCGGGCAAUUUUUUUUGUCCAUCGCUGGCGGUAAUAGCCAAUAUAAUGCAUCUAUCGGACAGCAUAGCGGGAGUGACGAUAUUGGCAUUCGGAAACGGUGCGCCUGACAUCUUCACGUCCCUCGUCGUGUCGAGAGGCGACGAAGCGAUAAUAAUGUUCACUGAAUUAAUCGGCGCGGGUGUCUUCGUGACCUCGUUGAUCGCCGGUUCUGUGGCGAUAAUUAAGCCUUUUAAAGUUUCGCUCAAGUCCCAUAUGAGGGACGUUUGUUUUUAUAUAACCUCCAUAUGCUGGAUUACUUUCGUGGUGCGAGACGAUAUGGUUCACCUCUGGGAGGCCGUAAGCUUUAUUCUGCUCUACGUACUGUUCAUCGUGGCGGUCGUGAUAAUGCAGAUGUACGACGCUAGGGAAGAGAGUCUGAAAACCAGGAUCCCAAGUGUACCCGAUCCAGACGUUCUGCAUACUUACUUGGCGAACAGGGACACAAGCACCAUACCCCAGAUUCCCACUAGAAGCCGGCCUUUUGGUUUAUACGCCAAUCUAGAUGUUGCUGUCGCAGCGGAAAGAAAGAGACGCACCGUACGGGGCGAUUCCGUCCAGUUGGGUCCGGAAAUUAACAACUACGUCUCCGAUCGACCGCAGGGUCUCUGCAGGGAAUUUUUGUACGAUGUCAAUCCGAUUAACAGAGAAGAUUGGGAAAAGUCGAGUGGAUUGGUUAAGGCUGUCUUAAUUAUACGCGCGCCCGUCAUGUUUCUACUUCAGCUGUUUAUACCGGUGGUAAAUCCUACAGCCGUGAAGAAGGGUUGGUCGAAGUUACUGAAUUGUUUCCAGUUGUGCGUGACGCCUACAAUGGUGUUGUUUUUGCUGAAUGUUUGGCACCGAAGUAUUGGCAAUGUACCAAUUGUGCCGAUAUUCCUCGUUGCUGGCAUAGUGAUUGGUAUAAUUGUAUUUGCAACGACUCACGUUGACCGCGUGCCGAAGUUUCAUAAUGUCUUCGCAUUCUUUGGAUUCUUAGCUGCCAUGCUGACGGUUUAUUUGGUGGCCGAGGAGAUUAUGGCAGUGCUGCAAUGCAUAGGAUACGCGUGCAGUAUAUCCGACGCAAUGCUAGGCAUCACUUUCCUUGCGUGGGGAAACAGCAUUGGUGAUCUCAUAUCGAAUAUCACCAUCGCCAGACAAGGAUUUCCGCGCAUGGGAUAUGCGGCUUGUUUCGGCGGACCAAUGUUUAACACACUAGUGGGACUUGGGUUGACUUAUGGUAUCGCUGCCGCCACCGAUCUUGAACAACAAACGAAAAUCAGGAUCAGCAACAUGGCACCCGGCUGCAUGGCUUUUCUCCUCUUUUCGCUCAUAGCUACUAUCAUUUACCUGAAUAUCACGGGAGGUGUAGUGCGUCGCAGCUACGGUUAUCUUUUAUAUUCAUUUUAUUUCGCUUUUCUCCUCAUACAAUUCCUAAGCGAAUUGCACGUUAUGCAUCCUCUCGGUACCGAUCACAGACCCGAUACCUAA